AUGGUCCGCUUCAAGAACCGCCACCUCCUCGUCGAGUUCCUCGACCCCGCCCACCUCUCCGCGUUCCCCACUGUCCCGCCAUCGCUGCAACCUCCGGCCCUGGACGAGGACGGCAACGACGACAAUGGUGAUGACGGCGGCGACGGGGAAGACGAGCUGGCCCAGAUCCCCGACUUGCCAUUCAUGCUUCCGCUGGAUGUCGCUGCCAAGCCGCUCCUGGGCGACGGCGGCGCCAGCGAGGUGUUUAAGAGUGUGAGGAGCUGUGUGCAGGCCGUGUUUGGCGAUGAGGGCUGGGGCAGGGUGGCUAGCAGCUUCAAAGUCAUCUACCACUCGUCGCUCACGACCCUCACGAUCCUCCGUAUUGCCCGGCCACACUACCGCGUCAUCUGGGCAGCCCUCACCCUCUGCACCAACAUCAACGGCGUGCCCGUGCUCCCCCGCGUCAUCGCCGUGAGCGGUACCAUCAAGAAGCUACAGUCGGCAGCAAUUGUGUACCACCGCAAGGUCACUGCCACUGCCAUUGCUGGCUUGUUGUUGGAAGGCGCCAAGGGUGAGGCGGACAAGGAGCGUCUGGCCCCCAAGUGGGAGCUGGAGCGCGAGGAGAUGGGCAGGUUGGAAGACUAG